AUGUUUAUCAUCUAUGGCGGUAUCCCCGGCGAAGCGUACGCCCUUCUUUCUGGCACCGAGGAUCGCGAAUCGAUACGAUUUUUCAUCACCUCAUCACUAUCGAUACUGUGUGGUAUUCAUUUAUGCUGCACGACUGCUCUCACAUUCUAUAGUGCUAUCGAAAUUAAGAUCAGACUCUACUCAUAUCAUUAUCAAAUGGUUCUCGGGGUAUUGGUCGCAUUUACGGGUAUUGUUUCAUGGCGUACGAAAUGCCAUGGGUCAGUGUCUCGUGCGAUGAAUGUUGCUGGAGCCGCCUUUGCACUCUUGAUGUUAGCUGCGACAAUUUUCGGCGUCUUCUGCUGGUUCCAUCGGUGA